AUGUCCAAGAGAAGAAGAAUGACUAAACAAAAGACAAAGAAUGCGACAAAGGAAAUGACAGACAAUUAUGCACCCGUUCAACUAGAACAAGCAGAACUAGCUAAACAAUUAGAACGUUAUAUCGUGGAGUUCGAAACUAAAGUAGAUCAACUGAAAUAUAAGCUGCUUGAUAAAGAACUGGUCAUACUCUUUGUCGCAAACUUACACCCACGCUGGAAGCGCCUUCUAGAGCCAAUAGAACACACGUUUCAGCAUUGGAAAGAUGCAGCGAGCAUAGCCGUCUAUCAUUGUGUGAAAGUGUCUGCUCUAUUAGGGAGUGAGCGUACUGACAAGAGUCCAUUGUUUACAUCACAAGAAUCAAUUGAUAUUCUUCGUUCAGGAUAUUUUGCUUCAGAGACACAUCCUGAUAUCGAGCGGCAUCCGAGAGAAAGUUCAAUACAGCACUUGAUUGAUACAUCCAUGACAACAUUGAUGCCAAAGAAACCAGCAACACCUUCUCCACCUCUUUUGACAACGGAAAUAGCAACUGUUUAUAGUGAAAAGAAUAAAAUAAAAGAAAAAGAUAAUGAAAAAAUGAUACCAAAAGAGCACACAAGAAAGCCAGAUGCGAAGAAAGAAGUACAGAAAACAGAAAAGAAAAAGCCAGCUCAAGAUGAUAAAUCAACAAAACUAAAGCAGACAAUCAGCAGUACAACACACAAUGACAAUAACAUUAAAGAAACGAACAAUAAAAUGUGUAAUGACAAUGAUAGUAAAGAGAAUGAUACCAAAGACGGGAGUAUAUGCUAUAAAGUACCAGAAUGUUAUAAAGGGGUCAAUCUGAUGUUUCUGGAGCUAACAAUAAAUGGAAAGACAGUCAAAGGCUUAUUAUCUAAAUUAUCUUGGGGGUGCUCGGCUAUCUCAAUUGAUUGCGUUAAAAGACUAGGCUUAACCCUAUCAACCUCUAAUCUAUUCUGCAUAAACACAGAUUUUGGUAUAGUGAAUUCUCUUGGAUUUGUAAAAUUGCCAAUAUCACAUCCAGCAGAGCCUAAUAUUAAGUCAGAAUUAAUCACACAAGUUGUACCGUCGAUAUACAACGGUAAGGUUGAACUCAUUUUAGGAUCAGACUUUUUCUUUAAAUUCAAGCCGACAUUAAAUAUAAAGAAACGAGCUAUUCGAUUUUUGGACAGAGAGGCGCCUUAUAUUGUUCAUGGAUUGACUUGA